AGGGGCAUGGCGCCGGGCGGCACCAUGUUGGCGAGCUGGCGGCGGCGGCGGCGCCGGCCGGGGACAUGGAGCGUGGGCGCCGCGCGGGAGGAACCAGAAGAUGCUGCGGUGGCAAUAACUCUUUCUCAAUGCAAGUUAUGAAUGAAAUUCAUCAACUAACAUCUCACUCCUCACCCUGAUCUCCUAUAGACUUCCUGUAACGCUUGGAAGAAAGAGUCAGGGAGCAAGGGUUGAAUGUCACCAUGAAGCUAAAGCAGCGAGUUGUGCUGUUGGCCAUCCUCCUUGUUAUCUUCAUUUUCACAAAAGUUUUCCUCAUUGACAACUUGGACACCUCAGCUGCCAACCGUGAAGACCAGCGAGCCUUUCACCGUAUGAUGGCGAGCCUCCGUGUUGAACUAGACCCCCGACUUGACCAUACAUUGCAGUCCCCUUGGGAGAUUGCAGCCCAGUGGGUGGUGCCCCGGGAGGUGUAUCCUGAGGAGACACCUGAGCUGGGGGCUGUUAUGCAUGCCAUGUCGACAAAGAAAAUAAUAAAAGCUGAUGUGGGAUAUAAAGGGACCCAGCUGAAAGCUUUGCUGAUACUUGAAGGAGGACAGAAGGUAGUCUUCAAACCUAAGAGAUAUGCCAGGGACUAUGUUGUGGAAGGAGAGCCAUAUGCUGGAUAUGACAGACACAAUGCAGAAGUAGCAGCCUUUCACUUGGAUAGAAUCCUAGGUUUCCGACGAGCUCCAUUGGUGGUUGGCAGGUUUGUGAAUCUUCGUACAGAGAUCAAACCAGUUGCCACAGAGCAGCUUCUGGGUACCUUCAUGACUGCGGGUAAUAGCACUUGCUUCUAUGGGAAGUGCUACUAUUGUCGAGAAACAGAACCAGCUUGUGCGGAUGGAGAUAUCAUGGAAGGGUCAGUGACUCUUUGGCUACCGGAUGUUUGGCCUCUCCAGAAGCACCGUCACCCGUGGGGUAGGACUUACCGUGAAGGGAAACUUGCCAGGUGGGAGUAUGACGAAAGUUAUUGUGAUGCUGUGAAGAAGACUUCACCCUAUGAUUCAGGUCCUCGUCUUCUUGAUAUCAUUGACACUGCCAUCUUUGAUUAUUUGAUUGGGAAUGCUGACCGGCAUCACUAUGAGAGUUUCCAGGAUGAUGAAGGAGCCAGUAUGCUCAUCCUCCUAGAUAAUGCCAAGAGCUUUGGAAACCCUGCCCUGGAUGAAAGAAGCAUCCUUGCUCCUCUCUAUCAGUGCUGCAUCAUCCGGGUUUCUACCUGGAACAGACUCAAUUACCUGAAGAAUGGAGUGCUAAAGUCUGCCUUAAAAACUGCUAUGUCGCAUGACCCCAUCUCACCAGUGCUUUCCGAUGCUCAUCUGGAUGCCCUAGAUCAGCGACUCCUCAGCGUUCUGGCUACAGUGAAGCAGUGCACAGACCAGUUUGGGCCAGAUGUUGUGCUGGUGGAAGACAGGAUGACACUGUCUCAUUUGUAAUUGUAGUGGAACACAGAUGAAACUCCUUUAAAAAAAAAAAACAGAAACAAAAAACAAAAACCCAAAUCAUAGAAAAACAGCACAAUCAGUUCUAAAAGGCUGUGGCCAGGAUGAACUGAAAUGAACAGGAAAACUUCCAAGCCAGAGAAACAAAGGUGAUACUGGCUUUUACCUUGGGCUGACAGCCAUGAGAGGAAGUGGGAAGUCUUGAGCCUUGGACGGCUCAGUACCCAUAAUGGCAUUGUGGCCAUUGUGGUGUGUCCAUUGCCGGCAGUGGACAUUGCACUGGAAAAAAAUGGCUCUUGGUGUUGGUGGAAGUGUGUAGAAUACAGACACUAAUUUGUGGACUGAUUCUAGAGGGGGCAAAUGGAGAUGAACAGUGCAAUCCUUUCCCCUUCUCUUCCCCACAUAUACUCUUAGGAGUUUUUGUCUGAUUCAGGGUUGUAUAUAAUCAGCUAUGAGCUGGUUAGGCAUUUUACUGCUUCUCUAAAGAAAGAGGAAGUGGUGAAUAAAAUUAAUUAUUAGACUGAACAAUUGCACCCCCUCCAGGGGUGGGAUGUUCUUGUGAAUGCCGUUAGGUGUGAGAGAGGGGACCUCUGCUACUCAGUUGUCCUCUCCUUAAAAGUCUGGGACAGGGGUUUGCCUUGUACGUGAUAAUGCUUCAGUAUUAUCACUGAAGUCUUAUCAAAGAUUUAUCCACAGGGUUGGAGAUUGAGGGGAGGACAGGGUGGUUAAAAAGCACUUAAUCAUUAAGGGGUUAACCUAAGUUUCCAGGAGAAAUUUCCAUGUGUUCUAUCACUGUUUUCUGUUGAUAAGGAAUCUAGCAAGGUCUGAGUGUAGGAAAUCCCCUCCUUGCAGUCCUGUGUCCAUAUUAACCAAAUUUUUCUUAUAUUGUAGCUGAAAAGCAGGACAGAAUCUGUCCUUGGAAGCAGGUUCCAUUUAGCCAGGUUAUGCUGCUUACUGUA